ACUGUAUAGAAAAUAUGAUUAUAGCCGACAAUGACUACAAACCGGAUAAUGUGUUGUUUGAAUGCCAACCAUUUGUUCACCACAUUUACCAUCGAUCUAAAGAUCAGAUUUGUGACCACUGUUUGGCCAAAAGUGAUGACUUGAAACAAUGUUCGGGUUGUAAACACAUGUAUUAUUGCAAUGAAAACUGUCAGCGCAGAGACUGGAGGGCCGGUCAUCGGUAUGAGUGCCAGAUAUUUAAGAGUCACUACAAGAAGCUAUUGGAUGAAGACAAUCUGGCCAUACCAUUGUUGCGUCUGUAUCUCAUCAUUAAAGCUGAUCCACAAAUUGUCGACAAAAAGUAUGAGACUAUUGGCGGACAACAGCAGCGAUGUUUCGCCGAUUUGAUGUCACAUUGCGAUGACAUAAUGAGAGACCGAUUUAAAGUCAGUGUUAUAUAUGAUAUUCACAAAAGGAUCAGUUCUUGUGGUUUGGAUCUAACUGUCGAUGAUUUAGUUGAUUUGUUUGGAAAAUUUAUCAUAAAUUCAUAUUUUAUUUUCUAUACCGAUAUCAUUGACCAAUCAAGCCAUACAUGUGGAGCCGGUUUAUUCAUCGGUGCGUCCGUUUUGGACCAUUCGUGUGCUUACAAUGUCUACAUCCAAUCUGCCGGCAAUAAACUGCAAGUAAUCGCUGGCCAACAUAUUACCGCCGGCGACGAGUUGACCACAUUUUAUGUGAAUCCUUCGCUGCCAACUGUUACCAGAAGAAUGCUAUUGAAAAGUGGAUACUAUUUUGAUUGUCAUUGUUGUAGAUGUGAUGCCAUUGAUGACAAUGAUAGUGACAUAACUGUUGAUUUGUUAACAAAACCAUUACUACCGUUAAAUAUAACAUAAUAUU